GUAAUUCUUUUGUAAAUUCAAGUCAUGUUUUACGAAAAACAUUAAUAAUAGUAUAAAUAAUUAAUAAACUUAAUGUCCUGUUGUACAAAAGGAAUAGAAAGGUGUAACGUUUUAUUUAUUUUUUAAUCGACACGAAACGAGAAGAGUUUUUGUUAAACAAUGAGGAUUAUAUGAGAACUGGAACUAUAAUCAGAUUAUGAAACGCUAGGAAUAUUAUUAAAGGAUUUUAGUUUACAUUAAGAUUAGUAUAUAAGUCUGUUUCAAAAUGUGGUCGUCUCAGCCGAGCUCCAAUUCUUCAAAUAUUAAAACUUUGGGGAUGACUUCAGCUAUUUCUACAGCCACACCGAAGGCUUUGGAUUUACAAAAGACACAAGAAUUACAAGAUGCUUUAACUCCUUUCAAAGUUUUUGAAUCUGAACAGGAGUUAAAUCAUCGCAUGCAGCUUUUAUCAAAAUUAAAUUCACUAGUUAAAGAAUGGAUAAAAGAUGUUUCAAUCAGUAGAAACAUGCCUGAAAAUUGUGCCCAACAAGUGGGUGGUAAAAUAUAUACUUUUGGAUCUUACAGACUUGGGGUGCAUCAUAAGGGGGCUGAUAUCGAUGCUUUAUUAGUUGCUCCAAGACACAUAGACAGAUCUGAUUAUUUCACAUCAUUUUUUGAGUUACUUAAACAGCAGCCUGAAGUGACAGACUUACGAUCUGUUGAAGAAGCAUUUGUGCCUGUGAUAAAAAUGAACUACGACGGUAUAGAGAUAGAUUUAUUGUUUGCUAGAUUAGCCUUAAAGGAAAUUCCAGAUAAUUUUGACCUGCGAGAUGAUACUUUGCUAAAAAAUUUGGACCAGAAAUGCGUGAGGAGUCUGAAUGGUUGUCGUGUUACGGAUGAAAUUUUAAGACUUGUUCCUAAUAUUGAAAAUUUUAGACUGGCGCUGAGGGCUAUUAAAUUAUGGGCAAAGAAACAUGGAAUAUACUCCAAUGUCCUCGGCUACCUCGGUGGUGUCUCCUGGGCCAUGCUGGUGGCCCGAACUUGCCAACUCUAUCCAAAUGCAGCAGCUGCCACACUAGUUCAUAAGUUCUUCCUGGUGUUCUCACAAUGGAAAUGGCCACAACCGGUGCUUCUUAAACAGCCCGACGUAAACCUUGGAUUUACAGUCUGGGACCCCAGAGUAAAUGUCAGCGAUCGAAAUCAUCUGAUGCCCAUCAUCACACCGACUUCACAACAGAAUUCCACUUAUAAUGUUUCUUUGUCGACCAGGAAG